ACUGUCCUCCUCUCUCCUCCUCAGUCCCGGUCGCAGCUCAGAGGAUGAGUCUGCGUCCCGCCGCUCUGUGACGGAGCCUCAGCAGGACGGAGCGAACAUCGGAGCGGGAGGUGAGUCAUGCCGCUGGUGAAGCGGCUCAUUGAGCCCAGGUAUCUCUGCCGUGGUGCUCUGCCGGACGGCGUCGCCAGCGAGCUCGAGUGUGUCACCAACAGCACGCUGGCUGCUGUCAUCAAACAGCUGGGAGGACUCAGUCGUCAUGCAGAGGACAUCUUCAGCGAACUCUUCACGGAGGCGAACACUUUUUACCUGAGGAUGAACAAUCUGCAGGAGCGAGUUGACCUGCUGGCAGUGAAGGUCACACAGCUGGACUCCACCGUGGAGGAAGUGUCUCUGCAGGACAUUAAUAUGAGGAAGGCGUUCAGGAGCAGUACCAUCCAGGACCAGCAGGUGGUAUCACGGAGCUCCAUCCUGAACCCGGUCCUGGAGAUGUACCAACGCUGCGACAAACCACCGCCCCUCAACAUCCUGACACCUUACAGGGAUGAUAAGAAGGACGGUCUGAAGUUCUACACCGAUCCGUCGUAUUUCUUCAGUCUGUGGAGAGAGAAGAUGCUGCAGGCGACUGAAAACAAACGGAAAGAGAAGAGGAGACAGAAGGAGCAGAAGCAUGUGGAGGAGUCUUCAGGUCGGGAGGUGAAGAAGGUGCGUAAAGCGAGGAACAGACGUCAGGAGUGGAACCUGAUGGCGUACGACAAGGAGCUCCGCCCAGACGCUCGAGUCACGCCGUCACCUUACCACGCCUCCGACUGCUCCAUGUCACCUGACAGGUCAGGGAUGUCAGAUGAGCUCCCUGAGGGCCCGGGGCCUGAUGUGAAGGAUCAUGUGACAGUGGCAAGCGGCGGGCAGACUCAGUCGCUGGACCGUGCCCUUCGACCCUCUGCAGUCAGCACAGCAACCGCCCGGCAACACUCACUGGGUCGCAACCAGCCACAUCACCACCAAGCAGCUAAUCAGAACACAGCACGGACCAACACUGUCAAGGAGGCCAAUGACCAUCAGAUCCCCCCGGCCCCCCCGCCGCCACCUCCUCUCAUGCCGCCGGCAGGACAGGUGGCAUUCCCAAACAGCUCCGCCCACAUCGCUGCCGUCGCUCCUGGUAACCAAGGCGGCGCCCUCUCCCGCCCCUACAGCCCCUCCCCUCCCCCGCCGCUCCCGGCCAACUAUGUCCCCUCCCCCUCCCGCCCCGGAGGCCAGGCCCCGCCCCUGGCCACUGCCGCGCCCCCGGCGCCCCCCAUGAUGGACGGCAGGAAGCCUCCCGGUGGACCAAACGUGCCAAUGAACGACGCCCGCAGCGACCUGCUCGCCGCCAUACGCCGAGGGAUCCAGCUCAGGAAGGUCCAAGAGCAGCGUGAGCAGGAGGAGGCGAAGAAACGAGAGCCGACAGGAAAUGAUGUCGCCACCAUCCUGUCGCGCCGCAUAGCCGUGGAGUACAGCGAGUCAGAGGACGAGUCGGAGCCCGACGACCAGGACUGGUCCGACUGAUCCCGACAACCAGGCCCAGUCUAAACGAUCCUGACGACCAGUGGCGGUCCGACCGAUCCCGGGCCCGACGACCAGGACUGAUCCCGACGACCAGGAGUGGUACGACUGAUCCCGACGACCAGGAGCGGUCUGACUGAUCCGGGUCGACCCGGACCACCCUGCGCCACAGGGGAACACGCCCACUGACAGACUGACCGCUACCACCUUUCCUGAUUAAAGUCGUAAUUUCACAAGUUUUUUCUGUCAACCGACCUCAGACUAUUUUUUAUUUUUUUUCUUGUAAAUUUGCGAGUUUUAUUUUUAAACUGUUUCCUCUGACACAUGUUUGUUUUUAUUCGUUGACAGUUUGUUCAGCUGUUUGUAAAUUCUUAUUUAUAUAUUUAUUGAUUGAAAAUUUUAAUUUUUUGUUGUUACAGGUCGUUGUUUUAUUAUUUUUAAUUUUUAAUAUUAUUGUUGUUUUUAAAUAUUACAAAUAUUCUAUUUUUGUUUCAUUUGUUGUUUUGUUUGUUGUGUAAUUAUUAACAGUGAACUGUGAAUAUAUUUAUAUUGAUUUAUAUUGUAUUUUGUGAACAUUAGUUGCCAUGGUAACCAGAUGUUACUUUGUGUGACAUCACGUGUUGUUGUGAGCAUGUGACGUGAUGACAUCAUAGUUCAUCCGCUUCUGUGAUGUCAUCGUUACAGCUGAUGAUGUAAAAGAAGAAAAACGACUUCCUGUUCCAGCUGACUUAAAGAUUUAUUGAUCCAUUGAUCAAUGGAUCAUUGAUCAUUGAUCCAUUGCCUAUUGAUCAUUGAUCCAUUGAUCACUGAUCCACUGAUCAUUGAUCAUGGAUCAUUGAUCCAUGCUGUGAUUCUGCAUGUUGGUGGUAUUCAAAAGAGAAAACGUUUAUUGAUAAACAACAACAGAUUGUUCUGAGAAUAAAAGUGAUUAUUUAACUUCCUGA